CAUGAAGGGGGCAAUCUCCUCAUGUUUGACAAUUACUUGGCUCUAACUUCUCCUUCCCUUUACAUGCAAAUGGCUUAAGUUGUUCUCAACAUCCAUGUGUAAAAAUAAAGAAUUAGAAGUUAGGUGUUGAAAGAUUGGUCCUAAAAAAAAAAAAUUAUCCAAGAGUUCGUUCACCUAUUCUCACUAGAACUCUUGCAAGGAAGAUGGCUCACGAAGCUAAUUUAGAGAAGGUAGCUCUGGAAAAUCGUGUUGAAAAUAUGAAAAAUACUUUGAAGGAAUUGAUGGCUUCCUUCCAAUCUCUUCAAGCAAUCUUAGUCACAAGGGCACCUUUGACAACAAAUCCUUUAUUUGAAGGAAAUGUUCUAGUGGCAAAUCUCCCUGUGGCCACAUCUGCUUUAACUCUUGGGAAGGAGCCUAUGUCAUCUUGCCCACCAAAUCCAACUAUUGGUGGAACUUCUGGGACAAAGCCAUUUGAUCUAAAUGCUGAUGUUGCUACAGUUCAAUCUAAUGAUCAAGAAGAGACUCAAGUUGUUAAGUUAAUCACAGAGGAUGAAGACAAGGCAAUUAAAGCGAAGGUGCAGUUGAUGGAGGAAACACUAAAAUCGAUUCAAGGUGUCCAAACCAAUAAACCGGUUGACAUCUCAUUUGACAGUCUGACAAGUCCUGCAGAUGCUUGGUUCUCUACUUUAGACAAAAGUAAGGUCAAAAGUUGGCAUGAUUUGACUUACAAUUUUAUGAAGCAGUAUGAAUACAAUACAUCACUAGCUCCUAGUAGAGAAAAUCUUCAAAGGGCAGAAAAUAAACGAAGUGAGAACUUUAAGGAAUUUGUUCAGAGAUGGCAUGGAUUGGCUGCUCGAGUUCAACCUCCAUUGAUUGAUCAUGAAUUAAGGGCUUCUAGUUCAAAGAAGGUUGGCCAGAAUCAAAAGAAGGAAAAUGAGAAUGGCUCUAUAAGCUCAAUUUAUGAGGCAUAUGGAAGAAAUAAACAAUCACAUGGGCAGUUCGAUAGUCGGUUCCAAGCUUUAACUCAUCAAUCAACGGCUUUUACAAGCCAACCAAGGCCCGUUUACGCCUCUGGAGUCAAUCGUCCACAACAAGUGAGACGACAUUUUGAUAAGCUUCCGUUGUCAUAUACUGAAGUGUUUCAAAAAUUAGUAGCAGUUGGAAUUGUUACUCUUGUACCUAUGUUGCCAGUAAAACCACCAUUUCCAGCAUGGUACAACCCACAAGCAAGAUGUGAAUACCAUAGUGGAGGUGUUGGACAUGAUCUUGAAAAUUGUCUUGCUUUAAAGCACCAUAUCCAAGAUUUGAUAGAUGCAAAGGAGUUACAGAUUGCAUCAGAACAAAAGGUUGUUGUUACUCUCACCAAUCAAGUUUCAUCAACUCCUAGACAACUUUUAAUAUUGACGGGACCGAUGCUUACAGUUCCACUCAAACAAGGUUGAUCUUAGAACUGUUAUUGAUGAGGGCUUGAAUAAGUGAACAAUGGAGUUUUUUUUCCUAUUGCUAUCAUUUUGGAAUGAAAUGUGUCUAUCAUGUUAGUCUUUAUUUGCAUUUUCCAAACUCCCUUCAUAUUGCAAUUUGAAUCUUUGUUCUUCAUGUUUUAAUUCAUGGUUCUUUAGUUCUUGAUUUUAUACUUCCAUGAGUUGCACUAGGGUGAGCAAAGAAGAAACUUGUAUUUGAAAUUUUAUAAAGCAAUAAAGCUUUAAUCCUUCAGCUCCUUACAGGUGUGUGAUUUAUUCAUUUUUGGUUGAUUUUUGUUUUUUUGUUUUUUUUUUUAUUUUAUUUAACAGCAUGGUUAAUCUUGCAUGUCUCUGUUAGUUGUUCUAUAAAUUGGAUGUGAUGAAGACUUGCUGCAAAAUAUCUUAUUCGUUGGUAAAAUUAAUCUGUGUAAGUUAAUUAGGUGUUCGAUGGAUGAGAUCAAGAUUUAGGAUGAAAUUUGUUUUCAUGGUUACAUGUAGGAGGUUCUAAAUGAUGUGCAGAAUUGGGAAAUAGAAGUUUUUUUUUGAG